UGCUAAAGAUUCUUCAUGUGCCACUGCCACUGCCAUCAUACCACUUCACUCUCUCUCUCUCUGGAUCUCUCAUCUCUCUUUCAUAUGCACUCAACAAGGGUUGGUCUCUAUUUGUAUCUAUAAAUACCACUCUUCAUUCACCAAUUCUCUUCAUCACUCCAGUAAUCUCUACAAUCUAGCAUAAGCAAUCUAGCUUUCCUCUUGCUAUCUCAACUUCUAUAUCUUUUCCUUUCAAGUUCAUUUAGUUUUCACUUCCAAUCCAGCAAUGGCCACUGUCGAGGUUGUAUCCGCAACAGCAGCAUUGUCAGCCGAGAGAGAAACAGUAGAGGAAUUGAACACCACCGCACAAGAAGUUGCUGCAGUACCAACUGAAGAAGUGGCCACCCCAACUGUAGAAGUUGCGGCACCAACAGAAGAAGUUGCAACCCCAAUCGAAGAAGUUGCCGCACCAGUUGAAGAAGUUGCCCCACCAGUUGAAGAAGUGGCCCCACCAACUGAAGAGGUGGCCCCACCAACUGAAGAGGUGGUGGCAACUGAGACAGUUGCUGCAGUAGAGCCAAAGGAAGAACCAGUCAAAGUUGAAGCUGAAGAACCAGCUGUUGAAGAAGCUAUGGUCCCUGUUGAAGUGGAGGCUAAGGAGGUAGAAGAAGAAAAGGUUGCAGUGGAAACCAAGGAGGUCACACCAGAGGCAGCCGUGGAAGAGACUAAGGUAACAGAAGAGUCAAGUGAGGCACCUGCACCCGUUACCAGUACUGAAGCGCAACCAGAAGAGAAAGUUGAAACUGAAUCCCCAGUUGAGAAAAGCCAGGAGUAAUGAUAAUUGAUUAAGUGGUGGUAUUGAUAAGGAGUUGUAGUGCUUCUAGCCGUACUAGUGGUGUUUGUUUAGUAUAUCCAUGCAGUCUGUAAACUGCGGAUUGUGUGUUUAAGCAAGUUGGUAUUGGUGGAUCUAUCUUUUUGAGUUAUGAUGGAAGUAAUUAGAAUAUGCUAUCAGUAUUAAAAGUGUUUUUAAGUUUAACUAUCUUUUGUUUAAAUAUAAUAAAGAGUAAUUAAUCUGUUACAUUUUGGAUC